AUGAAUAUUAAUGUGGCCUUAAGGGCGCGAACUCCCAAGUUACACUUCACAAGACUAUGUCUCUCUACUGCCAGGCCUUGUACAACUCUACCUGAACCCACGCUGCACGUGGGCCGGAGGUCCGGCGCCUCCGUGAGCCUGGUCUGCCGCACGGCGGGGGGCCGUCGGGGGCGGGAGUUCGCCUUGUACGAAUACAGAGAGAAGGUGGACUCUCGGGAGCUGCCGUCCGACGCGUCAGAGGUCCACUUCAACGUCAGUGUGAACGAGGGGGAUUCUGGCUCGGAUCGACUCUUCUGCUGUCUGUACAAAACCAAGCGGGGCUGUUUCAGUGCCUUCAGCCCCUAUUUGAAGCUGGAGCAGCGAGAUGUGGCCCCGCCUCCCCCCACGCCGGCCCUCCCUCCCCCGCUCCUGUCCGUGGAGCCGCCCUCGGGCGCCGUCAGCCGCGGGGCCGUGCUGUCCUUCAGCUGCUCCGUCCCCGCCCUCGGAGGCCAGUCCGGGUCUCGGCCCGGGCCCGAAGGCGACCCGCCCACCUUCCUGCUGCUGAGGACCCCGGAGCGGGCGGGGGCGCCGGCCGUCGCGCUCCGGCCCCAGGCGAGCCGGGCCGCCGGCGCCGAGGCCCGGCCGGGGGUGUUCGCCGUGGGGCCGGUGACGGCGGGAGAGCAGGGCGCGUACAGCUGCAUGUACCAGAUCAGCAAGGACCGGGGAGCGGUCAACUCAAGCGUCAGCAACACGGUCCGAGUCACCGUCUCAGACGCGCCGCCCGCCCCCACCUUGGAGCUGCAGCUGCAGACAGAUGUGUGGCGGCUGCUGUGCACGGGCUCUCCUUCCUACCCCGGCGCCGUCUUCUCCGUGUACGCGGCGGACGGCGAGCUUCCUGUCGACACCCGACGCGCCUCAGCGACCGAGCACCGGGCCCGGUUCCCGGUGCCGGUGCAGAACGCGACCGCGGCCCGGUACCAGUGCCAGUACAGCGUCCAGCUGGGAAGCUACUGGAGCCACUCUGAGCGCAGCGCGCCCCUGGUUUUAACCAAAGAAAUAUCCCCUACUCCAACACCAGCUGAGCCCGCGGUGGACCUGCCUCUGGUUCUGGGCUCCUUCUCUGCGGCGGUGCUGUUCCUGUGCUCCGUGGCGCUGGCGGUCGUGAUAGCGCGCACACAAGUAAAAGCAGCAGCUGAGAAAAAGAAGAAAAGGCAGGAAGCUCAGUUCUGGUCUCAGGUCCACGCGAGGGAUCACGUCGUCGAACUCACACUGAGGCGUUCAAGCUUUUCAUCCCAGGAAUGGGUCGGUGGGGGCACUGAGACCACCCCCACCACACCCCCACUGUGGAACCCCCUCACCACCUUCACAGCUCCACUUCAUCCGCGUUAGAGGUGUUUGUUUCUGUGGGAGCACACGUGUGUGUGUGUGUGUGUGUGUGUGUGUGUGUGUGUGUGUGUGUGUGUGUGUGUGUGUGUGUGUGUGUGUGUGUGUGUGUGUGUGUGUGUGUUUAUACAUUAA